UGUCGUUUCGCUCGGCUACCACUACCAUCGUGUACCUGACUAGCUCGCUCAGUCAGUUCAGUUGAGCUUAGUGAUUAGUCGAGAACUGUUGAUGUUCCACUAUUUAUAGCUGUGAACGCGUGUUUGUCUUUGGCAAUAUUUUUCGUACAAAACUAUAACAAAUAACUCACGUAUUUAUCAGAAGAGAAGUGUGACAGUGAUUUUUAUCUAGUAUUUUGGAUAUUAACUGUGAUUUUCAUAUUAAAAGUGGUAUUUUUUAAACUUUUGUGGUAUUUAUAGUUGGAUUAUAAAUGUGAUGACUGAUGAUGGGAGGCCAUAGAGUGAUUUAGAGUCGUAGUUAUGGUGACUGAGUUGUAUGUUUAUUAAUUACAAUAGUUAUAAUUGGCACAGCCAUGGCGGUUGUUAAUUUUAGCGUGUGUUUGGUACUAAUAUUGUACCAGCUUUCUGCGGUGCAUAGUGACGAGGCGUCGUCGGAGUCUACAGAUCUUGGAUCCACAGAUUCAAAAGCUGACAGUGACACAGAUGGAGUGCGGUGUUACUGUAAUACAGCCGAGUGUGUGGGGACUGGAUACAUGUGCCGGUCUCCUCGAGGUGGGGGAUGUUACAGCAAGCUGCCGUCUCCUCGGCGAUCUCGCCAUGCGAAACAUGGAUGUCUGUACCAUUUAGCGGAUACGGAAAACGAGGCGCUGUCGCACUGCCAAAACUCACCAGGCGGGACGCCCUCUUCAGCAGGCCAUUCAUUGUUGCUGUGCUGUUUCCGAGACUUGUGCAAUCAUGAGGACAGUCCAAUUGCACGAGCGAGGCUCAACAUGACCGCAAAUGACUUAGAUGGCAACACAGUAGAGAGCGAACAUGGCGCCAACUACAACGGCGAGGUGUGGUUCAAAGCCGCUACCAUAGCUGUUCCAGUCUGUGGAGCCCUGAUACUCUUCCUGCUGGUCGCUGUUGCUGUACGGCUCCUGAAGGCUGAUGCAUUAUUACAUGCGGAUAGAAAACUUAGGGACGGUUACAUGCCUCCAUUGGCACAAAACAAUGCUGAAGACGUGAAGAAGGUAUGGGCGGGGGCGCCGUCGGCACCGCUGCUGGUGGCCCCCGGCGGAUGCGUGGUCGUCGAGAGGGCGCAACUGGUCGACGCAAAGUUCUGUGAUAUCCAACGGUAGACUGAUGAAAUGAAAUCUCUAUAGCGGGCCGCACCGUGCUGUGGACGCUGGUGGUUUGCUCCGAAUAUACUUAACAAGCUUUAAUAUUAUAUCUGUAUCACAUAUAUUGUAGGGAUUAUUGUUUUUUGUUUUUUUUUUU